CAAACUUGAGCGAGGAAGUGCUUCUGCCGCGCCACGCCAAAUCUUUCUGCGCCCCGUGCGACCGCGGCGGUAGUGUUUUUGUUCGUGCCACUCGCUGUUUGUACACUACUGCAUUUCGACGACCGUCUUCGGGUACUGAAGUUUGUUUCUCGCCACCGUGGUGGGUUGCCAACAUGGAGCCAAGAUAGUUUGACAGCCGGCGCUCUCGGUUCUUGCCAGUUGAAAGAGCGAAGAUGGCGCGACUGCUCGUCCCCAAAUAACAUCCGAAUUGUGGCGGUGUUUUUUCGCUAGACCCUGCUGCCCGCACGCGAACACCACGAUUGGGCCGGAAUGGCGCGUGAAGAUCCAACAAUUCUAUCGCGCCUGGUCGCGGAGUGCUUCGGCACCUUCGUGCUGACUUUUUCCGUGUUUUGCAAUGUCCUGGGCGGUUCGGGGCCCGUCUUUGCGGCACUCUCGAUCGCAAGCACUUUGAUGGUCGCGGUCUAUGCGUUGGGAGAAGCGAGCGGCGCCCACCUCAACCCGGCCGUUAGCGUGGCGAUUAGCUUGUGCCAGCAACAGAAGUGGAGCACAACGAUAUACUAUGUGGCGGCUCAGGUACGGAAAUUUUCUCAAGGACAAUCGGUUUUAUGAGUGCCGCGCUCGCUGGUUCACAAAUCCAAGACGAUGACCUGCUUCCACUGGAGUCUCAUUUAUCAAACCGCACCUGUAGAAGUGACGUGAAUUAUUCUCCUGGAAAUGGCAAAAAUGCACAAACCAACUUCAGGCUCUGGGUGGGCUCCUCGCGGCAGCCUUUUCGUUCGCCAUCCACGGUACGAGCUUCAAACUUGAGCCAGGAGCGGGCCACAGCAUCUGGGCCGCGGGUACCUGCGAGCUGUUGUUCACCUGCAUGCUGUGCUUCGUUGUGCUGAACACGGCGUGCGCCAAGGCCAAUGCGGGCAACCAGUACUUCGGGCUUGCAAUCGGCUACACCAUCGUAGCAGGCGGCUUCGCGGCCGGUGCGAUCUCCGGCGCUAACCUGAAUCCCGCGAUCAGUCUUGCGAUCGACGUCUCCUCUGCCAGCCUAUACACAUCUCUGGCCUACAUCGGCUUCCAGCUUGGCGGCGCGGCGCUCGCGGCCGGGUUGUACAAAGUACCACUCCUUGUUACUUCUACUCUUGUAUAUCAAAUUCAGAACUGUUCGCAGCCAAUUUGCAAUUUCUUCCGGGUGUAUAACAGCCUGUAGUUAUUUGCACUCUACUCAAACAACUCAUCGCUAUAUUCAAAAAUCACUACUUUCCAGUACUGCCGACCCCUCGACCUCGCGCCCUCGCACCUGGCUCUCGCUCCAGCGGGUUUAUCGGAAAAACUCGUCGCCGAAUUUAUCGGGGCUUUCUUCCUCACUCUGACCGCGGGCCUCAACGUCGCCCAGAGCGUCCCGUCCGCCGCCCUAUCCAUCGCCGCCGCCUUGAUGUCACUCGUGUACGCCCUGGGCAGUGUGUCCGGCGCGCAUUUAAACCCUGCGGUGACGUGCAGCGUCCUGCUCUCCCGAAGAAACCUCCUUCCCCCCGGCGACGCCAUGCGGUACAUGCUGUUCCAGGUGUUCGGGGCCAUCGCCGCUGCGUGCACGUGCGUCGGGAUCCUCGGCCCGAGUCACACGAUCGGCCUCGCGCCGCCGUUGACCAAGUCCUGGACGCAGUUGGCCCUGACGGAGGCGUUUUUCACCUUCGUGCUCUGCCUGGUCGUCCUGACCGUGGCCACGUCGAUCAAGGCGCAAUCGAAGGACAUGUUCGGGCUCGCGAUCGGGAGCUGCGUCACGGUGGGCGGGUUCGCCGGGGCGGCGGUGGGAGCCGGAGUCUUGAACCCGGCGGUCGCGAUCGGGUUCGACACGGCGCACAGCAUCUUCACGUAUCCUGUGUAAAAACGUCCCCACCCCAUAGUCCAGAUGGGGACUUUGCAACACAAACCUACAACUUUUGGGGGUCGCGCAUCACAAGGUGCAGUCCGUAGUCUCGUGCAGGGUAGCAAGGCCAGCCGCAUCAGAAAUCCACCAUCUUAUCCUGUUUACAGCAUUACAAAUGCCAAAACACGACUAGAAAUGCCUCUCCUGGCGAUGCGCAUUACAAAUGUCCCUGCUACUGCAAAUGUGCAUGACAACCGUGUUUAGCAUGACGACUCUGGGCUGGGGACGUUUUUACAAAUGAUAUCACGGAGGCAAAAUUCAUGAACUCCCUGUUCUACACCAUGAGCGAAGUCGCAGGAGCGAGUCUGGCCGCCUCGGUCUUCUACAUCACGCACACCGACGACUACGUGGAUGAGACGAAGGUGUAGUGGUCUGUUGAUGGCGGCGGGGAAAUGCAUAAAAGAUAUAGUAUCUCGGCGAAGGAGCAGAGCUCCUGCAAAAGAACUUGGCAGGGUCGAGUGUCACGAAUUUGAGCAAAGUGUAAUAAUACGCGGAUUUUUAACUGUUUUCUUUUCCUCAUCUUUUCAGAUAGCCACGCUCAUUUUGAAAGUACAUCGCGAGUAAGUAACACAGAGCGACAGAAAACUUGCCAGAGAAAGCGAAGCGAGUGCCUUUCGGAGGCGAUGCAGUUCUGGGAUCGAUAGCAAGACAAGCAAGACGGAUGGUGUGCCACCAGAAUCGAUCUAUCACAUCAGUGAAUUGAACAGAUCGAAACCUAAAUGACCUAGCGACGACCGCAUAGCAAAUCACGGAAUGCAGAUCUGGCCGGAUGUCAAAUCCGUG